GGCAUUCUGGGUAAUUGAAUGUUUCACCGAGGCGGUUGUGUUAUUUUUGUUUCUUAUUUGUGUAAUUAUUUUAAUAAGCGCAACUUUUAAAAUGUGGUAACUUAGAGGUGCGUAAAGUCACAGUCGGCUUGAAAUCACGCCGGUGAAUUUGUGGAAGGGAUUUUAAAACUUACUUACAGGCCUAUGUUGUGUCUUUGGUAUUGUUGAAUGAACGGCUUGUUUAGCUUGCAGCUAACUUAGUUUUCCAGUUGUUGCAAGAAUGCGCCGUGAAACGCUGUCAGCAAAGCUGUAUUUACACAUCAAAGCGUGAUUAUUUGUCAAAGUCGGCCUGGGUUUUCCGUCAAGACCUAAACCCAGAUAGACGAAAACCCACAGAAACCUUCGUUGCGGUAGCACUGCUAGCUAACUGGCUAAUCGAAUAGCAAGCCAGUUAAGUGCAUCCUUGGAGCAGAGUACGAAUUCUGAUUUUGUAUAAAUAUAAAUAUAACCUAUGCGAGUUUUAAAGAUUAUCCAAACCUGUCAUGAUCGUCGAUGGUAGUUAAAAUAACGGGACAAUCUCAAAGCUGUCUAUAGUUUCUACAACCCUUCGCUUUGCUGGCUAACCUGCUACCGCUGAACGCUGAGCUGUAUUCAGAGCGUAUAGCGGGAAAAUGACAUCAGCUUCAACCAAGGUGGGAGAGAUCUUCUCAGCAGCCGGUGCUGCUUUCUCUAAGCUGGGUGAACUCACCAUGCAGCUGCAUCCUGUGGCAGACUCCUCUCCAGCAGGGGCCAAGUGGACGGACACGGAGAUAGACAUGCUCCGCUCCGCUGUGCGUCGCUUCGGUAACGACCUCAACACCAUCAGCGCCGUCAUCAAGGAGCGCACCGUGGCUCAGAUAAAGACCACGGUGAAGAGGAAGCUUUAUGAGGACAGCAGAAUGCCGCUCUCGUCCGACUCCGCCAAAAAAGUCGCCAAGAAGACCGCCGUCGCCGUGGCGCCCGCUCCGGCCCCGCCCGCGGUCAUCACCGUGCCGACCGCGCAGGUUGUCGUGACGACAGGCCUGCAGGGCCCCUCCCCCGCCCCCCCCACCAUCAAGAAACAGAAGACGGCAGACGUUACGCUGAGUGCUCUGAAUGAUUCCGAUGCUAACAGUGAUCUGGUCGACAUCGAGGGGCUGGGAGACGGCUCUGGCACGAAGAAGCUCAACUUCGACCAGGAGAGCCUGAACCUGGACUCCAGUCUCAUCAUGAACUCCAGUGACCUCCCCCUGCUCUCCCGCUGACCUCUGACCCUCCCACAGAGCUCUGGGGAAUGGUGUUUUUUAUUGUGUAACUUUUUGUAGUUUUCCAUUGUUGUAAUUUUUUGAUGUACCGUAAAUGCUGCAGUGAUGUUUAGUCUGAGGUGGCAUUUGAGCGUUUGUGGACAGUGCCGUCGCCUCAGAAGCAGUAGAGUGCUUUUAAAGACCUGCUUUCCCAAAGGAGUGAUGCUGUUCACGGUUACAGACGUGACCUGCUACGCGAGAUGUAAUCAUAAGCAAGUCAACGUUUCCUUUUGAAUCUGAAUGUAACUGUGACACAGGAAGUGAGGGCUGAUUCCUUGAGCUGUCACUCAUCCCAGCUAACACAAAACAUUGUCACAACACUGCUGCAAUGUUGUAGCAUUGACAAACCUUUUCAGUAACAUUGUGAGAACAUUUUGUGUUGGCUGGGAUGUUUCUAUUUUAGGCCUGAUCGAACAGCUGUGGUGCUGCUGACAGUAAAUGGGUUUUAAAGAUU